AUUCUAGGGUUACGAUGAGCUAAUUCUCCAAUUGGAUAUAUAUAACAACAAUUUUGCUCGUCCUCUAUUUCUUCUACUGAAAAACCCUAGCGGUGACAUAUCCACCGAGCUUAUUCCUCCAGUUAGGCUUUUCUCAUUCCUUUUUCCAACCAGCUAGCAUGGCGGAUGUGGAGACAGAGGUGGCUGCAGGACAGCCAAAGAAGAGAACGUUCAAGAAGUUUAGCUUCAGAGGUGUGGAUUUGGAUGCUCUCCUUGACAUGUCAACUGAUGAGCUUGUCAAGCUCUUCCCUGCUCGUGCUCGGAGAAGGUUCCGGAGGGGACUGAAGAGGAAGCCCAUGGCUUUGAUUAAGAAGCUGCGCAAGGCGAAAAGGGAGGCCCCUCCUGGUGAGAAGCCAGAACCAGUUCGAACCCACCUUCGCAAUAUGAUAAUUGUACCUGAAAUGAUCGGAAGCAUUAUUGGGGUGUACAAUGGGAAGACCUUCAAUCAGGUUGAAAUCAAACCUGAAAUGAUUGGUCAUUACUUAGCGGAAUUCUCAAUCUCAUACAAGCCUGUUAAGCAUGGUAGACCUGGUAUUGGUGCCACCCAUUCAUCUAGGUUCAUUCCUCUCAAGUGAAAUGUUCGGUUGCAGCUUGGUUACUCUCUCCCCUCCCUAUUAUAUGUAAGCGCCGCCGUUUAUCAAAUUUGUCUAUUUUAAGUUUUGCAAUUUUAGGACUUUAAACUCUAUUAUAGAGCUGGUGUUAUGGAUUCGUUUAUUGUAGUCUAUAUAUAUUGUUGGAUUUCGCAAUUUUGCAAACUUAUUUUUGUUAAAAUUACAUUUAAGUACUUGAUAAAUAUUUUCUUAUUC